UCUCUGAUAGGCUGGAAAAAAAUUGGCGGGUGGAAACGCUGCUGGUUUGAAUACAACAACACACAAACCAAAACGUCUUAGUCCACAAACAUACGUUUAUUCACCGGGAGCUGUUUCUUCUUUCGCGCCGGUGAAACCGUCACUUCGUCAGGAUGGAUGUCUCUCACCGUGACGGUGAAGUUGCGAAGAUUUCCGAGAAGCUGGAAAAGUCUUUGUCCAUAGAUACAGACGACAACAUGGAAGCAUAUCACAGGUUCAUUCAAGAUGGUAAAGAUGCUACCAGACAAGGGGACCUGCACAAAGCGCUGGAGCUCUUCAAGCUGGCAUACAACCUUCACCAGAGUGAAAAACUUGAAAAGAAGAUAAAGAAAAUUGAAGAAUUUCUUGCUCAGAAUGAAUCGGAGGAUGAAGAUGAGGAGUUUGUCAAUGUAAACAACAGCGGUUUAAUGCUUUUUAAAGAGUUAUAUGACAAGCUUUACGACUACCAGAGGAAUGGAGUGGCCUUCUUGUACAGUCUCUACAGAGAUGGUCGUAAAGGUGGGAUCCUGGCGGAUGACAUGGGUCUCGGUAAAACCAUCCAGGUAAUAUCAUUCCUCUCUGGUAUGUAUGACAAUGAGCUAGUUAAACACUCACUAUUGGUCAUGCCAACUUCACUCAUCACAAACUGGACCAAGGAGUUUGCCAAAUGGACUCCUGGCAUGAGGGUCAAGGAGUUUCACGGUACCAGCAAAGGAGAGAGGACCAGGAAUUUGGAGAAAGUCCAGAGGAGAGGUGGUGUCAUCAUCACCACCUACACUAUGCUCAUGAACAACUGGCAGCAGCUGUCGUCAUACCAUGGCAGAGAGUUCACGUGGGACUACAUGAUCCUGGAUGAGGCACACAAGAUAAAAACCACAACCACCAAAACAGCCAAAAGUGCAUAUGCCAUACCUUCAAAGAACCGAGUCCUUCUCACAGGAACUCCGGUUCAGAACAACUUGAAAGAAAUGUGGGCGCUCUUUGACUUUGCUUGUCAAGGCACUCUCCUCGGCACCGCGAAAACAUUCAAAACAGAGUAUGAAAACCCGAUCACCCGUGCCAGAGAGAAGGAUGCCACUCCAGGGGAAAAGGCUCUCGGCUCUCGGAUGUCUGAGAAUCUCAUGGCCAUAAUAAAACCCUACUUCCUCCGCAGGACAAAAGCAGAAGUGCAGAAAAACAAAAUGAAUGGCACACAUCCUUGCAAAGAAGAUGAAUCGGACAAUAAGGACAGCCAAGUCCCAAACCACCAAAAAGACUCUGGAGCAGUCAUGCCCACACUGACGAGAAAGAAUGACCUGAUUGUCUGGACUUACCUGAGCGCUGUUCAGGAGGACAUAUACCGGCAGUUCAUUUCUCUGGACCACAUCAAGGAGCUGCUCUUAACCACCAGGUCACCUCUGGCUGAAUUAACCAUUUUGAAAAAACUGUGCGACCACCCAAGACUGCUCUCUGCUGGAGCCAUAGCCAAGUUGGGCUUGGAGGAGAGUACAGCUGAAAGCCAGGAGAGUGACCAUGUGGACACCGACACUCACAGCAUCGCCAACGUACCUGACGACACUUUAAUAUCUGAGUCUGGGAAACUUGUUUUUCUGUUUGCACUUCUUGAAAGGCUUAGACAAGAAGGUCAUCGCACGCUCGUCUUUGCACAUUACAGGAAGGUACUUGACAUUAUUGAACGCAUCCUGGGCAACAGAGGCUUCAAAGUACUGAGACUGGAUGGCACAAUAACACAGAUUGCAGAGAGAGAGAGGCGCAUCACUCUGUUCCAGACAGAUGAGCGUUACUCCGUCUUCCUCCUGACUACACAGGUUGGAGGAGUUGGCAUCACCUUGACAGCAGCAAACAGAGUAGUGAUCUACGAUCCCAGCUGGAACCCAGCAACAGAUGCCCAGGCUGUUGACAGAGCAUACCGCAUCGGCCAGACUGAAAAUGUUGUCAUCUACAGACUGAUCACCUGCGGCACAGUGGAGGAGAAGAUCUACAGGCGGCAGGUUUUCAAAGACUCCCUCAUCAGGCAGAAUACCGGAGACAAGAAGAACCCGUUUCGAUACUUCAGCAAACAGGAGCUGAAGGAGCUCUUCACCCUGGAGGACACUCGGUCCUCGUCCACACAGCUGCAACUUCAGGCCCUGCACUCCAGACACCGACGGACAGACCCUGAACUGGACGAGCAUAUCGCCCACCUGCACGCCAUGGAGAUGUUUGGGAUUUCUGACCAUGACCUCAUGUUUUCCCUUGACAUCGACCAUGACGAGGCCCCAGAGGACCAGGAGCAUCACUACAUCGAAGGACGGGUCCAGAAGGCUCAGGAGCUGAUGAGGGCUGAGUCUGAGUUGCAAAUGCAGCUGACGGAGAAUAUGGCUUCGAGCACGGAACCAGCCUGGCUCAGGCAACCAGUGGACAGCAGGGAGCGGUCGAAUGAGAAAAAACCAAGAAAUCCAAGACUGAGUCCUUCAUAUCCACAACAGGACAGCAACUCAAACAGCUCACUGGUUGUGGUGGAGUUGGACCACUCGGAUUCUGGCAAGGAGGAUGGUCAACAGAAUUUGAGUAACCAAGUCAUUGAUCUAACUGCAGGUGAGAGUAUGACAGAAGAAGAACAACCUGUUGUAGAAACAAUCCAAGACAAGCUUUUUGAGAAGAGCCUGGAUUCCCCAAAACACCAGUCUAUUAAGCAGGAGAGGAGUUACUUGGAAGCAGCGGAUUCUUCUCCUCAGGAGACGAUUGAUGAGUCUUUGGUGAUGUCGGAGGCCGUUGAUGCUGCAGCAGGUGAUGUGGCAAAUGCCUCCGUUGAAGAACUAAUGAACCAGUCAGCGAUGUCUGAGGCUGCAGUUGUUUCAGCAGGUGAAGGCAGCCUGGCAUACAUCACAGCAGUUGAUGAGCAUAAACACCUGCUAAAUGGAAGUUCACACUCAAAAUGCAAUGACUCCCAGAUGGACUUGGGUCACCCUUACAGCACACCACUGCAGAACAAAAGACUGUCUAUCUUGCAAACAUCCAAUUCAAGCUUCAAAGCAGACGCAUCAUCCAGAGUCAGUGCUGGAAUUGAAUCCUUUGAGGGAAACUUCAAUUUACAGCUGGAGGAUAGCGAUAUGUUCUCAGAGAACGGCGUUCAGGAUCCUCAAGAGGCCGAUGUGGAAGAGAGAAAACUGCUGUCGCAGCUGCAGAUCAAUGAGAGUUUUGACGUGAAUAAAUCCCUUUCUGAGUGGCAACAUAAAGAAGAAGGACUCAGACAAAGCCUCAACAAUGGCCAUGCCUCUAACAUGGAGGAGUUAAUGAAUGAUUCUAUCAUAGUCACCAAAAAGAAAAGAGCAGCAGUGAUUUAUGAUAGUGAUGAAGAUGAAGGUGGUGAUGAUAAUGAUAAGAGACAACUUGAAAACUCCUUCCAGGUGCUCGGAGCCUCCACACCUCUCCAGUCAAGAAAGAGCUUUGGAGGAAACACCUCUGUGGCCUCCCGCCACUCGCUCCUCCAGUCCAUCAUCGACGACACGGAUGACCUAUUGGGUGAUGAGGAUGAAGGUGUUGACGACGAAGAUGACAGUUCAGAGAGGCAUUCUGAUGAGGCCGAAGAGGACAACGUCAUUGAUUCAUCUCAUGAUGAGUUUCAGCUGGAGGAGACGACCGGAGAGACUCUGAACACAGAGGGGGAGGAGGAGCAGUCUGAGUCACCAGGUGUAGUCGACGAAUCAGGAGAGGAAAUGAACAGCUUCCUCGAGGAUUCGACCUGCGACACUGAGCUAGCCUCCUCUGAGAGAAUGGAUCAGUUGACCGUUGACGCAGGGGUCAAGGCGAAUGGGACGAAAGACGCCAUCGAGUCUGAGGAUGAGAACUACAACUCCCUGGUCAGCAGAGGAAAAGAGUGCUACAGCAAAGGGAAGGUGGACGAGGCCCUGAGCUUCUUCCUGAGAGCUAUCGAUAUCAAACCGGGAGAUCCUGAAAUUCAGCUCAUGGUCAUCCAACUGUACCGGCAGCUGAGUCAGAGAAGUUAGAACCUUCCUGCGAAAGAAAAAAACAUUCAAAACAACAGCCUGAAAUCAGAUACAGACUCGUUCCUCUUUUGUUCAGACCUGGAUACUGUGCUGUAAAAAAUACAACUUUAAAUACUAACCUGUCAGGUUGAAUCAACAAUUCUAUUGGUCUAUUGAACGGUAUCAUACAAUACCUGAUUCUUUGCACAAAACCAUUUACCAUUUACUAGUUUUUCUGUCUGUUAGUGUUAAAAGUGUGUAUCUGUUCAGUUUAUGCAGUUAUGUUAAAAAAAUUCUCUGGCACAGUUAAUCGGGAACAGAUUUCAUCUCUUAUCUGUUUUUGCAAAAGAAAAAAAAAGAUUUUCUUGCACUUGUAUAUAUUGACCUAUUAAAUUUUCAGUCAAUGUGUAAGUUUAAGUUGUAACAAAGAAAUGGUUCCUUUGAAAUCUUUCACCUUUGUUUUGGUUGUGAUGACAAAAAUUUGCAAUACGCUGCUAAUUUGUCCAUAACCAAUCAAUGAAUAUGGUUUCUCAGAAUAUUGUUUAUUUUUACUGUAUUAAACUGAAAAAAGAAGUUGGAGUGAAA